AUGGAAAACCCGUUUGACCAUCGGCAGGAUCAGUACUCGCCGCGUCAGAACCAAUCUGGUUCACCAUGGAGUGCAAAUAAUCCGAAUAAUACUGGUGCUCCUCCGCCUCCGCCAAGACCACCGAGCAACCCCGCUCCCAACAACCGGGGAGCGUAUUCGCAGGGCAGCUAUACGCCUUAUAGUACUGAAGGUGCUGGAUAUGGAUACAACUCUGGCUAUGACAAUCCAUACGGAGGAUACUACGACCAACCCGCAUACGAUAAUCCCAACAGCCUGUUCACAUUCACCAGUCAGGUCGUCUCCAACCAGCCCGUCGAUCAAAAUCCAAACCCAUUCCUCACACCUGGAGGUCAACACUCGAGCUUGUACAACGACACACCCACUUUUUCCUCGUCGACGCCCGGCCAUGGAGGCGAUACGAUAGCGCACCGACGCCGUUUAGCGGCGCAAGCGAAUUGGGUGUGCUAG